ACACAGAAGUCUCUAAAGACAUGAUCAUACAAAAACAUUGGCACAACGGUCUGAACUAAAAGUGCACAAGAUAGUAAAGGAAAUGUUUUAAACUGAUUAUUUGACUUCAAUACUGUGUUUUCAUCUCUUGUUUACUUUUCCUGAUAAGCGUUUUAUGGGAAUACUACAUUGCAGUCAUGUCCUCUUCGGAUCAUCUGAAGACAGAUUGGACAAUCAAGUCACUCCCACAGCAAUGCACAGAGAUGACAAAAUACAUUGAUGAUAAACCUGUCAAGGAGCUAUGUGUUAUCUUCCCCUGGAUGGUGGAGAGGGUUGUUGGCAGCCUGGAUGGCAGCACUGUUGGUUGGAGUCUUUCUUCUCUGCAAGCCCACAGCAGUGACUACAGCAAUGUACUGGAGUUCCUACAACCAAGUGGCCCAAUGCUGAAACUUGUUUAUAAACUUCAAGCUGAAGACUACAACUUUGAGAUCCAAGUCGCCAAUUUACCUCAAGACAAUGACCCCAAGCACACAUUCAAUGGUUAA